AGAAAAUCUUUUACGUGCAUAGUGAAACCGAAUCUUUCAGCAGUCGCUAAGUUUAUCAGUAACACAGGAUUACCAUGGCGGUAUGACUAAACACACUAAGUUAAUGGGAUAUACAUGUUUUCAAAUUUUAAUUCUGAUUUGGAUUUUUGUGUAUAUUUGUGAUGGAGAUAUAAUAAUUUCACGAUGCCAUGAAGAGUGUGAGAGACAGGUGAGGAGUGUGAAAGGGGAGGAUCUAUUUUGUAAUAAAGAUUGUAAACUUUAUCAGUGUAACUCAGGAUGUGAUAGUUAUACAACUGCUGUAAAUUCCAGCUGUCAGGCAGUUUGUAGAAAGGAUGGGACCAGCUCUGCUAGAAGUUUACAACAGACAGAGAGACAGUAUUGUACUCAGGGAUGUAGUUUUGCCUUAAAUGUGUUUACAGAUAGCAUAAAAGAAUAUUUAGGAGAUCUUCCAGCUCCAGAACUAAAGCAUGGUUCCAAAGGUUACUCAUUCCUUACUCUACAUUGGAGUGGACCAAUCAAUAACAAUGUUACAUAUUACAUUCAGAGUCGUGUAUUAGACACCAAUGGUGAUUGGUCAAUCUAUGGUGGCUCUUUAGCACAACCAAACGGAGAUCUAAAAAUAACUGAUUUACAGCCAUUUAUGAAUUAUACGUUCCGUAUUUCAUUAGUGAUUACCACAACAGAAGUACUGUACACCAAAGAAUCAGAAAUAAUAACAACUUUACCACAUGGAGCACCCUCUGCUCCAAUAAUCACAGAAAUUUCUGCACCAACAUGCUCUGUGAUAUCGUUGUCAUGGAAACCACCAGUGUACACCAAUGGGCAUCUACUAAGUUACCGAUUAUACCUGAAACCUAUCAACAACAAAGAUGUCUAUGACACGAGCGUGGAAGUUCCUCCGGAUGUUACAUCCUGGACCUUUCGUCAGUUAAAAUCAUCUCAGGAAUAUAUUGUUGCCAUGACUGCAAGAAAUCAAGAUGGCGAAGGACAAACAGACAGAGCAAAUAUGACAACACCAAGUUCAAGUAGCUUGUUGAAAAAUGAUGUGUACUUAGUUAUUGCUGAAGACAACAAAGUUAUUAAACAGGACAUGACUGAGUUUUUCUCCAGUCCUCAGACCAUACAUAAAAGACUUAACGCCUCUGAUCUUAUAAAAGGAGUUGCAGUUCAUAUCCAGAAAGAGAUGAUUGUCUGCAGCGAUUCCUCCGGACAAGUCCAUCAAGUUAGCAUGGUUGACAGUUCCAUAACGGACAACUUCUACCCCAGUCUCUCUCACCCUGGAGCAAUAACUAUUGACUGGUUACAUAAUUAUACAUACAUUGUAGAUGGUUUAAUGAUCAAAAGAUGUGAUUUAGAUAGGCCAAGCUGUAUCAUGGCAACAGAAAUGUUACCCUCACAACCAGAUGUCAUCAAAGUUGAUCCUAUUAAUGGAUUCCUGUUUUUCACACAAGGAAGUAUAAACAUGGGGCUGUAUGCAGUAGACAUAGGGGAGAUCACUCCAUCAAAACCUGCUCGCCAUUUCUUGCUGGUUAGCAGCCGAUUAAAUUCAUUUGCUAUCGAUUUCAACAAUAUGCAGUUAUAUUUCCCUAACGAGAUUGUGAAUACUCUCAUGUCAGCGUUUCUAGAUGGCACAGGUUUAGCCGAUGUCCGGAAAGACAAAGUGAUACAACCAAACUAUUAUAGUAUCAGAAGCAUGGUAUAUUAUGGAGGAGUUUUCUUCUUAACAAAUGGUACCAAACUUUUGAUUGAAGAAUAUGAUGAAAAGAUAGGGAAAUUCUACGUGAAUGAAAUGUAUGUGACGAAAUAUUCCUCAUUCAAUAUUUAUCAUCCGACAGCACAGCCACACCCAGUGCCUCAUAGCUCGCCCCAGGAUGUUAGAGGAUUGUUUACAGACAAACGUGUUAUUAUACAGUGGAACCGACCAAAACCUCUGUCUUAUCAAGGUAAAGGAGCGUAUAAGAAUUGGUACUAUGAAGUUAGUCUGUAUGCUGAUGAUGGAACAGAUAAUGAAAUAGUAGAGAAAGUCACUGGUUCCUUCUUAGAAAUAGAAGAUUUGGUAGCAGAUACUGCCUAUCAAGUAAAAGUCAGGGCUUGGUCACAGACUGGAUCUGGUCCCUGGUCAGAAUUAUUUGUUGGUAGAACACUCUCAUUAGAGGCAUCAACAGCUAAAGUAAUAGUUGCAGCAGCUUCACAGUCAGAUUUCACCACUGGUUUAUAUGAAAUGGAUAUGGAGGGACAACAUAGAACACAGCUAACCACUGUACAUCUAUUUUAUGAAGAACUUCUUGAUUUGACCUGGGUUGAAGAUAAGAUAAUGUGGGCAUCUAAUGUAAAUGGAGUUCAAAUAUUUGACCGAACUACAGCAGAAUCAGAAAUCGUCUACCACAUCAGAUACGCAACAAGUGUCAGCUAUGAUUGGUUGGGACAGAAGCUGUACUGGUCUAAUCCUAAACACAAUGUUAUAAGAAGGUCUGAUAUCAAUGGAGAUAAUAUAGAGUUUGUAAUACAAGGCACAGCUCGUCACAUGGCAAUUGAUGCGUUACAAGGUCGUAUUUACUGGGUCACCAUGAAUACAUUAGAAGCAGCUUACUUAAAUGGAGAAGAUCAUAUUGUAUAUUUCAAUCUACCAUAUUUUUGUGGCAAGCAUGUCAUCAGUUUGACCUUGAACUUUGACCUUCGUAAAGUUUUAUGGUAUGUGAAGAGUUUUGAACGACAGGAGUUGUAUAUGUCAGAUCUGCUUGGUAAUGGUGUGACCCCGGACCAACUGUCUGUGCAACCUCUUGGAAGUUUUAGCAGUAUUUCUCCAUUUUCUGUCAUGCAGUAUUUUUCACACCGUUUAUUCUGGCAGAAUGAGAAAGGCUCCAUCAUUGUAGGUGACCUUGAAUGUAACUACACAUCAGAAAUAACAGUGGAACCAGUCUCUGUGUUUACUGUUACCCAUCCAUCUCUCCAUCCAUAUCCAGAGAGUUUGGACAAGAAAAGCCUUAAAAUUAUACCAACAGAAAUUCCAGAGCAGACGAUAAGAUGUGAAGGUCAUUGGUCGACCUUUAACCUGACCUGGCAGAAGGCCGUAGUUAACCAUGGUGAUAUAUUUUAUGAAGUUUCUAUACAGAUACAUGAUGCUGCUGGAAGAAGUGUUGCCAUGCAAACCACCAAGAAUUUUAUAGAAUUGUCUAAUAUAUCAGCCUAUACAGAGAUGACCGUUACACUAAGAGCUUACACAUACUGGGGGUAUGGUCCAGUUACUGUGGCCGAUAUAAAUACACCUAUGUCAGCCUAUACAGAGAUGACCGUUACACUAAGAGCUUACACAUACUGGGGGUAUGGUCCAGUUACUGUGGCCGAUAUCAAUACACCAAUGUCAGCCUAUACAGAGAUGACUGUUACACUAAGAGCUUACACAUACUGGGGUUAUGGUCCAGUUACUGUGGCUGAUAUCAAUACACCAAUGUCAGCCUAUACAGAGAUGACCGUUACACUCAGAGCUUACACAUACUGGGGUUAUGGUCCAGUUACUGUGGCCGAUAUCAAUACACCAAUGUCAGAGAUGACCGUUACACUAAGAGCUUACACAUACUGGGGUUAUGGUCCAGUUACUGUGGCUGAUAUCAAUACACCAAUGUCAGUGUCUAAUAUAUCAGCCUAUACAGAGAUGACCGUUACACUCAGAGCUUACACAUACUGGGGUUAUGGUCCAGUUACUGUGGCUGAUAUCAAUACACCAAUGUCAGUUCCCAGUAAACCAUUAACUCCAAGAGUUUAUGUGACCCAGCAUAAAGAAUCAAUGACCUCAGAGAAUUCUCUUGCUGCAGAUUUCCGUUGGACAUUACCAAAACUUUCAAAUGGAAUAAUUAUGGAUUUCAAGAUUUAUUCCUGGAAGAAUGGAAACGAAAUUAACAAAAACGUCACAUCAGUACCAAAUUCUGUCAGACAUUUUAACCUACCAUGUCUUCAACCUGGCAUGACUUAUUUCUUCCAGGUAUCAGCUUGUACACAAAAGGGAUGUGGACCCAAAACUGACCUGGUAUCUGCUGAAGCCGAUGCUGUAAAUCCUGUUCCUAAGAUACUAGUGGUAUCAGCCAAUCAGAUAUCAAUAGAGGAGGUUGACAGUGUGGGUAAUAAGACAGUUGUAUUAGAGCCUAUUGUACCACCAAUGGUUGCCACAUACCUGGCCCAGGAAAAUAGGAUGUUCUGGGUUGAUAAAAAUAAUGUGUUGAUGGAACAUGGUAAACAGGGACAAAAAAAGCUUUUAGAAUUGGAGGGUAAAGUAACUGACCUUGCUGUAGAUUGGAUCAGACGGUCAUUAUUCAUUGUAGAGGUCAACUCAUCACAGUCUACAAGUUCAAUUAUCACAUACCUACUGGAUCAAAGUAUAAGUUAUAAACUACAGUCAAGAGAUGGUAUUAUAAACAGUAUAGUGUCAGAUCCUCAUACAAGUACUAUAGCAUGGACAGAAUCAGAUACCAGUGAGAGCCAUUCUGAGUUGUACAAGAUGGGUCCAGACCACAAGGUCAAACCAUUAUUUAGUAAUGCCAGAAAUAAAAGAGAGGCUCCUAGUUGUAAUUGUUCAGCAUCUUUCCAACUAGGAAUUAGAAUAGCUUUGGAUAAUACUGAGGAUGCAAAGACUGAGAUUUUAUUUUAUGAUGAAGGAACAAAAUCCAUCAUAGCUACAGAUAUAAAUGGAUGUUUCUGUAAAUCUGUAACCAGUCAAACUUCUAACAGCAAGAUAGGUUUUCCACCAGACAAUUUAACAGUUGAUCAUUCCAAUAUUUACUGGUUCAACAAAACAGAGAAGCUAUUAUACAUUAUGGAUAAACAGACAAGUAUUGUUACUACCAAGAGUAUAGGAGAAGUUCAUGAUAUGGUUGGAUACGGGACACACCUCCAACCUUUACCUUCUACAGAAUGUCUUUAUCCUCAACCAUAUAAAGGUUCUGUUACCUUGACACAAAAAACAAACCAGACCAUUGAAUUAGAACUAGAACCCAUCACCUGGCCACUGUCUUGUACUGGUAUCUCUGUUCCUGAUACUAAGUAUUCAGUAUAUUAUAAGGCAGGGACCCAGCCGUGUGGUUCUGCUGGCAGUGGUUGUAUGUCUGAGGCCUCUUACAACAACACCAUAACUCUGACCAAGCUACAGCCCUAUACACUGUACAUAGUGCAUGGGGCCGUCAGUAACUACUACACAGAGUAUUUAUCUGAGGUUUUGAGUUCUCCAACAGUAUUCCAGACUAGAGCAGGAGUACCUCACAAAGCAACAAUAGAAUCUUUGAUUGGAACAUCUCCAGAACAGAUUAAUGUGAAAUGGUCUAGACCCACCGUCUCUAAUGGCCCUCCAGAAGAUUUGGUCUAUGCCAUUCACUGGUCAACCCAGACUAACAAAGGAUUGUUGAGGGCAGAAGUAGAGGUCAAUGUGUCACAUGAUCAAAAUGUCUACGAGCAGACGAUAUCAAACUUACUGCCAAAUCAUAAUUACACUAUAGAGGUGAAGGCUGCCAACUCUGAAAAGAAGAUUUUCAAUACAAGUGAUCCUCAAACAAUAAGAACAUUUGAACUCCCAGGGGACAUAAUUCUACUGUCGUCUGCUAGACAUAACUUAACCAUAAGUUGGACAUCACCCUCUGAUGGAAGUGUGGAAAUAGCCAAGUUUCAGUACAUAAAGUGUCCCUAUGCAAAAGAAGCUAAUUGGAACAAUAUGGGUGAUCUCCCUUAUUAUACAUCAUCUAACCAGACAUUCAAUAUAACAUUCAGAGACCUGGACCCCUUCACUGAUUACUGUUUUCGUAUGGUCCUUUUAUACAAAGGGACUUUUACUAAAAUGUAUUGGACCGGUGGAGAUAGAUUUAUGUUCAGAACACAGUCAAGCAUUCCAAGUGUACCUGAUCCACCAAUAACAGAGUCCUUGUCAACCCAAGGGUAUGAGGUUAAAUGGUCAGAACCUAAUGAUAAUGGUGCUGUAAUUCUCCAUUAUAUACUUCAGUAUUGGAGCACCAACUACCAGAUGUGGACUGAGGUAUAUAAUGGAACUGAGGCUCGUUGGGUAAUUGAUGAUGGUGUUUUAACCAGUGGUAAAGAAUACUUCUUCCGUGUGGCUGCUGACAAUGCUAACGGACUUGGACCAUUCAGUAAUAACAGUACAGCUUUUGUAUAUAGAGAUAUUGUUGCAGCAGCAGACGACACAGUAGCCAUUGUGGUUAUCUCCCUUUCAUUUGUGUUUGUAUUCCUGGUGGUGCUAUUGUUUGUUAUAUGUUAUGUAAUGAGAAAAAGAAAUAGAAAAAAUAGGAAACCAAAAGAAUUCAUUGUUCGAGGCCCAGACCAUGAGCUAGCUAUUCUGAGAGAGCUCCCACUGCACACAGCGCCUGAGAGUAACACAUUAUAUGCUAUCAACGUUGUUCCUACUGACAGUGAUAUUGCCAAACUGCCUCACUUCCGACGGGACCAGUUGAUGCUGACCAAAUUCCUUGGAAGUGGUGCCUUCGGUGAAGUCUUUGAAGGGGUGGCAAAGAAUAUCUUAAGUGAUAGCUCAGGAGAAACAAAAGCUGCAGUGAAGACAUUGAGAAAAAGUGCAUCAGACCAUGAAAAAGAGGAGUUUCUGAAGGAGGCAGUAUUGAUGAGUAAUUUUAAACACGAUCACAUCCUGAGUUUACUGGGCGUCUGCCUAGAUAAUGAUCCACAGUUUAUUAUACUAGAGUUAAUGGAGGGUGGUGACCUGUUGUCUUAUUUAAGGACAUGUAGAGGGAUGUCGACAAACUCUACCAGUUUAUGUUUAACAGAUUUAGUGAAGAUUUGUGUUCAUGUUGCUAGGGGAUGUAAAUAUUUAGAAAGAGAGCAUUUUGUUCACAGAGAUUUAGCAGCUAGAAACUGUCUCGUCUCAUCUAAAGUUCCAUCAGAAAUAGUUGUCAAAAUAGGAGACUUUGGUUUAGCCAGAGAUAUUUAUAAAAGUGAUUAUUAUCGUAAAGAAGGCGAGGGAUUACUUCCUGUUAGAUGGAUGUCCCCGGAAUCUUUGGUAGAUGGAAUAUUUACAACACAGUCAGAUAUAUGGGCCUUUGGGGUAAUGAUGUGGGAGGUCCUUACAUUCGGUCAGCAGCCUUAUCAAGCCAGGACAAAUAUUGAAGUGUUACAUUAUGUCAGAUCUGGUGGUCAGUUAGAACAACCAGAACAUUGUCCAGAGGAAUUAUUUGUCCUCAUGAAGAGUUGCUGGAGUUACAGCCCAGAAGAUAGACCAGACUUUACCUACAUUUUACAACAGUUAGAACAGUUCCUUGAGAAAUGUGUCACAUUGUUAGCUGAUUAUAUAAUGCCUGUCAGGACCAGGCCUGUCGAUGUGGAUGGUUACCUAGACAACCAGCACCUCCCCCUCCCCCACCACCCCCGCCCCCUCAACAACAAAACAAACCAGAGAACGACCUCAUCACUUGGACAUGACAAUAGUGACAGUCAGUUAUACAGAAAGAUUAUUCAUCGUGCCACAUCAUUUGAUUCUCCUGAGCCAUGUGACGCAUCAGCUGACUAUCUACAUCCUCAGACGAAUGGUACACCGACUUAUUUAGAACUUGUGACCGAUCCUCCGGUCAGGAAAACAUCUUCCUCAAGGAAAUCCUCACAAAGUCGUGAACCAUCUGUUCGAAAAACAUCACAAAGCAGUGAACCUUCCUCACGGAAAACUUCGCAAAGUCGUGAACCGUCUGUUAGGAAGCCGUCACAAGGCAGCAGUCGUCAUAGCUCAUCCUCAAGUGAUAUUUAUAGUCACGGCCCAUUCACUGGUUACACUAUUAUCAGUACUCCAGAAGAAAUUCCAGCAAUUCAUGGAAAGUUUAAUGAUAAUAAUAGAAUGCUGACUCAGCACAGUUCUCUGACAAGUCAACAGAACUUUGAGAAUAUUUUACAAAACUAUGAUCAUGUGACUCCAUUGAAUCAGAUGGACUUGUCAAUAUUACGUUUGGAACAGGAAUCGGAUCAACAUCCAAAUUAUAUGCAUUCAAAUCAUGAUUCAAUUAGAUCAGAGACAAAGUUGAAAAGUGAUUCAUCCAAAUCAACCACUCAGCAUAAUCAUGAUUCUCCUGAAUCAAAAGCUCAAUGUAAUCAUGAUUUGUGUGAUUCGAGAACUAAGUUGAAUUCUGAUUCACCAGAAUCAAGAAUUAAGUCAAAUCAUGAUUCAAGUGAAUCAAGAUCAGAGUCGAAUCGUGAUUCAACUGAAUCAAGAUCAGAGUCGAAUCGUGAUUCAACUGAAUCUACCACUCAGUCUUCUGACAGUGAAGAAAGUCAAAGCAGUGCUUCAGCUUCUUCCAGUGAAGCCAGUCAUCAGGGAUCACUAUAUACAAAACAAUCACAAGUUAAUCAAAAUCAUGCUCAUCAUCAUUAUCAGAAUCAGGAUAAUCACCAGCAUCAUAAUCAUGAUUCUCAUCGUUUAAAUCAUCCACAUCACAAACAUCAUCAUAUUGCUUCUGUUAAAUCUCCAAGAUGUGUUCAAAUGAAUGCCAAGACUGUGAACUUAACUCAUCUAAACAAUCAAAAUCUUGUUCGUCAAAUGCAGAUGGAUCAACCAGAACACUUACGUCAAUAUUGUCAGUCUGUGACCUUGAAUGAUGACCUUCAUUCAAACUAUGACCAUGUACCGCCACAGCUCCCAGAAAAUGGUUACAAUGAAAGACUAAAUUACGACUAUCCGAGUAGAUUCCAUAGAUCUAACAGUGCGGAAGAAAGACAACAUUUUCAGACAGUUGAUACAACUCACCAAUCUCACAGUGCCGAGGAAAGAUUGGUUUUCAAUAGGGGACGAAACAAUUCUGAAAGUUCCGUUACAAAAUUCAAUGGCAGUUUGCGGCAAAAUAAUAAGGAGAAUGUAGAUUGUUACAAGCACGGGAUGAUUGAACAAGACAAUGGGCUGCCAUACAAAAAUUUAGAUUUCCUCGACAGUAUGAAUUACGUGGAUUGUAACCGAAAUAGAACUUCUCAUUCUAAUUUGUCAUCGAAAUAUGGCUUAUCAGAGUUACCAUCACAUGUGAUUUAUGGCGGGAACUUCGUAACACCUCAAGCUUAUCCCAUGUCAGACCAGGAAAUUUUGGCUGCUACACUUGUAUAA